UCAACUGCAGACAUGGUGCUGAUUCUGUCUUCUUUGAUGAUUAUCUGCAUCGCAAACGUGGUCGCUUCCGACACAACAACAUACUUCGUGUCUCCCACAGGCAACAACGACAAUAACGGAUCAAAGCAAUUUCCUUGGCAAACGCUGUCUCGAGCCAUUCAGGGAAUCAAGCAACUCAAGCAAUCACACGACGGCAAGCUGCCUAAUCCAGUUAACGUUAUGUUACAAUCAGGAACGUAUUAUGGGGAUAGCCACAUGCAACUGAACUUUGGAGAAGACGUCUCAGGCACUGCAGAUGCACCAAUAACAUUUCAAUCAGUGAAUCGUGAUCAGAAAGCCACUAUAUCUGGUGGUACAAUGGUUGGCGCUUGGAAGGAGACAUCAGAAGGCGUGUGGACAGCAGAUCUUCCGCAUACUAAUGAACAGAAACCGUUCUAUCAACUGUGGAUAAACGGUACGAGACGAAAACUUGCACACACGCCCGUCAUGCAAUAUCAGAGGAUAGGAGACAAGCAGCAUGGUCGACGUACGUAUGAGUCGUAUUACAGCAAACUGAGAAAGGAUGCUGCACCUGAAGAGACUGGGUACAUUGUGUUUCAACCUGGGCAGGUCAAAAGCAAUUAUCACGACAUACAAGGAAUACAGGCAGUUGUCUAUCACAGCUGGACGGCUUCGAUACAUCAAGUAAAGGCAAUUUACAAUGAAAACAACACUCUCUACCUACAGAAUCCAACUACGAGCCGGUUCAGUGGGGAGGCAAGUGGAAAUCGUUUCUACCUACAGAACGUGUAUGAGAUGCUGGAGCCAGGCACGUUCUAUUUGGACAGAAACACAAUGAAGUUGACAUAUCAUGCUCUGGCUGGUGAAGAUCCUACUAAAGUUGAAGUGAUUAUGCCGACUACGGUACAGAUACUGGCAGCCACUGGUAGCGCAUCUAAUGACAGCUAUGUUGACUACAUUAACUGGAAGGACGUGAACUUUGCGUUCAGUAGCAUGGAAACAGAAAACUGCUUUGCAGGAACCUGUGAUGGUCAGUCUGCAGACUUUCUCAGGACUGCAGCAAUUAAUCUUGUCGGAGCUCGAUACUGGACGUUUGAUGGCGUGACGGUUGCUCAUACAGGCGGCUAUGGCCUUUGGGCGAAUAAGGGAUCUUCAAAUGUUGUAAUUCAGAACUGCCAUUUUUAUGAUCUUGGAGCAGGAGGAGUGAGAGUCGGGCAAGGACUGCACGGAGUCAUUGCAGAUCCAACGCAGCAAACUACAAAUGUCACUGUCACUAACUCGGUGCUGGAGGACGGUGGCCAUGUUUACCAGAUGGGCUGUGGCAUUCUGCUUCAGGAGUCUGCGAUGAAUGUGCUCAGUCAUAAUCUCAUUCAUGAUUUCAACUACACCGGGAUCUCAAUUGGUUGGACAUGGGGAUAUGCACCUACAAGUGCACAUAGCAAUUACGUUGGUUUCAAUGAGAUUUACAAUAUUGGGAAAGCUGUACUGAGUGACAUGGGGUGUGUGUACUCUUUGGGAAUACAACCAGGGACAGUGGUUGAGAACAACGUGUGCCACCAUGUUUGGAGUUACGACUAUGGAGGAUGGGGGUAUUACACAGACGAGGGAAGCAGUAAUAUCACAAUACAAAAUAAUGUUGUGUACAAUACAAAGUGUGCCGGCAUUCAUCAGCAUUAUGGGGAGAAUAACAUGUUCGUCAACAAUAUCAUUGCCUUUCCUCACCAAGUCGGCUGUGUCCCAGGCAAGUCAUGCGUUACUGUAGCCAUUAGAUCAUCACAACAUGCACCAGGAUCUGGUGGAGGAGGGCCAUUCAGUUCGUUUACAUUCGAGAGAAAUAUAGUUUAUAUUACCAAUGGGAGUCUCUUUCUCUCCACCAUACCGACGGGAUUUGACAAUAUGACAUUUGAUAACAACAUCUACUGGAGCAUGAAAGAUCACACAAACCUCACUUUUCCUCCAUCUCAACAUCCGACUACCUUUCGACAGUGGCAAGCGAAAGGAAAGGACACUCACUCAAUGGUGGCCGAUCCACAGUUUGUCAACGCAAUGGGAUUCGAUUUCAUGCAUUUGCAGCAAACGUCACCAGCCCUUAAGCUCGGAUUCAAGCCUAUUGAUACCUCACACGUGGGACCACAAACCGAGAAGGGACGACGACUGAUGAGGGGCAAGACCAUUUAGGCCAACCUGAAAUUAGAUCAACAAUCGUCACACGGAGACUAUGUGUGUACGUGUGACUUUGAUUGAACCGUUUUUCUUGGCAAAUGUAACUGCUUCGUCGACUGUCUCGAAUUCAAUGUGAACGUUAGAUACAGGAUCAGCUCUAAA